AUGGAGCAGCAAGUGACGCGACUCGUUGAAAAGGCUUGGGACAAGUUCCAAAAGACGCCGGCCGACCAGCGCCUCAUGAUCGGAAUAGCCGGGAUCCCAGGCUCAGGCAAGACAACCCUCUCACAGCUAUUGACAACUCGCCUCAACGCCCGCGCCGCGACCCUUGACCCUUCCAAUCCCUCCCGGGCGACGCACCCCCCCCCGACGGCCUUUGUCCCCAUGGACGGCUACCAUCUGACCCGGGCCCAGCUCUCCAGCAUGCCCGAUCCGGUGAACGCCCAUGCCCGCCGCGGUGCAGUUUUUACCUUCGAUGGGGACUCCUUCCACAAGCUCGUCAUCUCCCUGCGCGAGCCUCUGCGCGCCGACACUACUCCGAUAUACGCACCGAGCUUCGACCACGCCGUCAAGGAUCCCAAGCCCGAUGACAUCGUCAUCCAGCCAUACCACCGCAUCAUAGUCUUCGAGGGCAACUACCUAGCUCUCGAUAGGUCUCCAUGGAACUAUGCCGCUAGGCUCAUGGACGAGCUGUGGUUUGUAGACGUCGACUUCGACGUGGCGAGGAAACGUUUGAUUACCAGACAUGUCAUGGCCGGUAUUGCCAAGGAUGAGGUGGAGGCUGACAGAAGGGCAAGGGAGAACGAUCUAGUCAACGGGAAGGAGAUUGUCGACUUCCGUUUACCCGUUGAUGAGUUGAUUAUCAGUCGGGAAGAUGACAAGUGGAUUCACGAAUAA